AUGGCGGCCACUUACAAGCAGUUCCUGGCUACGCCCAGCUCGUCGCUGCUGGCUGAUACAGCGGCCUUACACUACGUUACUACAACUACAACCUUCGCCGGUCCUACCCAGAUCAUCAAACAUCUUAACGUACUUCAGAAGCAGGUCUCUAAGAAGAAGGAGGAUGUGUUCAAUAUAGUCGAUGGCGGAAACGUCAUUGUCUUGGAAAUUGACACAGGUCUCGGCUUCCAAAAUGGUGGCGGUCCAUAUCUUCCCGGCCUCGACGACAAUUUUUUGUCUGGUCGCGAAGUCUAUCUUCCUAUCACUCACUUUGUGACCUUCGACGAAGCUGGCAAGAUUGUCCAGAUUCGACUCCAGUGGGACCAGGGUUCGCUUCUUAAGCAAGUUGAAGUGAUUGGGAAAUCCGGUCGCAAUUGGCCUAUUAUAGAUAGCCGAGAGCAGAUCGCAUUUAUACAGUCAUGCAUCAGGACUGCAGGCACUGCCGCCCCUGCCGCCCCGAGUCACAACGAGACCGUUGCGCGAGAACGAACUAACUCUAAAAACGCUCUCCGUGACCCCCACGCAAACAGGCUGUUUGGUUCGCGGGACGAAUUUGAGGAUGCUGAGCCUGCCACUGUUGUCUCUCCCUAUGCGGGUACACGACCUCGUCAGCGAUCGUUCACCGAGAUUCUAGGUGACGAGCCCACGUCACCAAGCGCUGGUCGUCGAGCCAUGUCGCCAUCUAAGGGCGGUCAGGGCAAGAACUUCCAGCCUUCUCGCAUUUUUGAUGGUCAGGAGGACGUCGAGCGCGAGCCUGUAGAGCUUCAGCAGCACACGAAGAAGCGUUAUAUCAAACCCCACCCCAAGAAGUACUCUCAUUUUGACUUCGCCGACGGUACUGAUCCUCAGGACAGCCCUCAAAAAGGCCAACAUUUCGAUGACCUGCCCAAGACCAAGCGCGACAGCCAAUGGUCUUUUGAGGAUUUCACAACCCCUCAGAAAGUGAAGCCGUCCAAGACAAUGCGAACACAGGAUGUUCGCCAUUGGGAUACUGACAGGGACGCUACGGAGGAUACCCGUGUUUACCAGGUAGCCAAGUCUCGACGUGAUGGCGACCCACACUUCGAGCUUCCAGACGACGGUGAGAGAGAGCCCCAACCGCAACGCACUAGUGGCCAGCCCCCUGACUACGCUCAUAACGAGGGUCUCGGACUCUAUAAGAAUCAAGUAUCUGACAGAAAAGAAGCAGGAAAAAACGAGCUCCCUUUGGGCAACAUUACCAACGUAAAGGACCGCGGAAAGGAUUUCGAUCACCACUUUGAGAUCGCCGACAACUCGCCAGCCCACCCACAACAGCACACAAACGAAGGCCACAAGAAGGCAAUUCAAAUGAUGGAUCGACACUGGGAUACCUACGAUAAGUCACCGGCUUCUCAGAAGGAGAAUCGCCCGACAGAGAACACCGCUAGUCAUAAAAUCAACAUUGCUGGCGAUGGUAUGGGAGGUCGCAAGGGUACCAACCGGGAUUGGCUCUACAACGAGACCAGCGAAACAGCCAACGAUGAACCAACAAACACCAAGCCGAUUCCCGGACGAACACCUGCCUCGAAUAACGCCGCACCCGCUAACGAGGUGAAGGAGAACACAGACAAGCACAAGAUCAACAUUGCCGGUGACGGUAUGGGUGGUCGAAAGGGAGCCAACCGGGACUGGCUUUAUGGCGAAACAGACGAGUUAGCCAACAACACACCCACAAACACCAAGCCGGUCCCUGGACGAACACCUGCCUCGAACAACACCGCACCCGCUAACGAGGUGAAGGAGAACACAGACAAGCACAAGAUCAACAUUGCCGGUGACGGUAUGGGUGGUCGAAAGGGAGCCAACCGGGACUGGCUUUAUGGUGACGCGAGCGAUCUGGCCGAGAAGCCCCUUCCUUCACGACGACAAAACACAUCCUCCAAGAAGGAUGAUUUCUGGGAUUUCUAGAGGAGGCGAGUGUUUUGCCAGGGGGGCGCCUCGGACUUCAAAUAGGUUCUGCACUGUGACACCACGUACCGCCUUGAUAUUCGGUGUUUCACGAUGAAUCGUGCAUGCAUACAACUCACGACUUAUGACGGUUCGCCAGCACCUCUUGCUCUCUUCGAAACAGCGCUCGAAAACGUAGGGUGUUCCCUCGAACUACGACAGUUCUUAUCCCAAUUGUUUUUGUUUGCCUUGCUUGCUUAUGUUACUGUCUCGUGUAUGGUGGUUGUUUGAGUAGAAAACAUGAAGGCGUAACGUAACAUUCAUAACUUGGUUGGUACGAAUGAACGGCCUACAGGACAAACCUACACUUAUACCGUUAGGGGACUCUGUUCCAAGACCACUAUCAGCGCAUUUGUAUUGAGAA